AAUGUAGUGGGAAAAAGAAUACAUCGAAAGAGUUCAAGAAAACAAGACACAUCUCUGAUAUACUAUCCAGCAGAAACACUCAGUUUGCUGUUCGGAGCACAUUUCCUGAGUCAGAGUUCCAGUGUUCUCUGAGAAACGAUGGCGUUGUGGACUGUCUAUCUGUCUCUCGGUCUUCUGGUCGCUUUGAAUGCUUCAGUGGAAACGCAUCCUGUUGGAAAUAAACUCUGUAGCGUGUGUACGGAAGGAUGGACUGCCUAUGGAUGCAGAUGCUUCAAGUUUUUCAGUAACCUUCAAACGUGGACUAGAGCCGAGAAAGCCUGUUUGGACUAUGAUGGGAACCUUGCUUCUGUACACAAUCAUUUGGAGUACAUGUUUCUACAGAACCUGAUUAGACACGCAACUCAGGGCGCACCGAAGACCUGGAUCGGAGGCAGUGAUGCUGCUGAGGAGGGAGUUUGGUUCUGGAGUGAUGGAACCAAAAUGAACUAUCAAAUAUGGUCGCCUGGAGAACCCAAUAACAAUUACAAUGAGGACUGCCUUGAGAUGAAUUUUGCCAAUGGCAACUGGAAUGAUGAGAAAUGUCAUGAAAAGAGGCCCUUUAUGUGUGUGAAAUGAACCAGCAUGUGAAAAAUCAAUGUAGAAGAAACAAGCUACUUUGACUACUUUCCAUUAGAAAUGUUUAAUGGAUGCUGAUAAAUAUGUAAACGGUCAA